AUGCUUCCGCACUCCAAACCCUCCGCUCUCGUACCCUCUCGGAAUGCCCUUCGAGUUCUCCGCCAUUUGGCCCUGGCCGGUUCAACAGUCGGCGGGUUUUGUGCUGUAGCAGCCUUCACGUACGAUGUUCAUCGCCGAAUCCGCAUCGCCGAGAAAAUCAUUGAAAACAAACGAACAAUACACACCACCGCACCAAACUAUGAUGCAACAUCUGCUGCCAAGCGACUUGCAGUGAUGGUCGCAGCAGCGGAAGCGGGAGAGUUCAUGGGAAUCGAAUCCCUCAAGACUAGCAAACGAAAAGCUACCUCCGGCCCCGAAGAACCAGGAUCGAACACUCUCGAAAUAAGACGUGAUCCAAAUCCCAAACCCAAGCCAAUGAUCACCUUGGCAAAAGCACAUAUUCGCCAGAAGAAGUCGUGGAGUGACCCGAUCAAAUUGUUCCAAUACAAGAGGAAUGUGGACGGGCCGAGCUUAGCUCGGAAUAACGAAAUUCUGGCCAUGGAGGCUAUCCAAGCGGAACACGCUCAGAUAAAGGGCAUACCCCCCUUAGACUCCGAACUUCGUCGAUUGAUGAGCGAGGAGUUGGAGAUCACUGCUGCGAACUUGUUUCUGGGAGCCACCGCUCGUUUGGACGUCAUCUCAUGGGAACGGAGACAACUUGCGUGUCAUAUCUUUACCGCAAACUGCAUCAAAGGAAACAUAUUCAUUGCUCGAACUCUCUUCAACCGACUAAACAAUAUCAGUGUUGUCUCGGAGGAGAUGUGGGCCACCCUCAUGCAUUUACUCGCCAAAGAGGGCCAUAUCGACUCUGUCGGUGUCCUCUAUGAAAGAUUCAGUUCCAAAUUUGUUGUCCCUACCCAUCUGCUGGAGGUUAUUCUCCGGUGCCUUAUCGAGUCCAAGCGGUUGGAAGAGGCCAAGCAUCUCUUCCACCUGCGCUUCAAGAAUGACUAUAACUGCGGCCUGUGCGGGGCUUACCUUGAUGGUCUCUGGAGGAAGACUAGGAGUAUCGAAUUACUCAACGCAGAAUUUGACAGGAUUCUUGAAAGUCUUCAAAGCCUUGGGCGAAAACCAACCGAAAAGCUGUUUAAUCCGAUGGUCAAAGCCUUGGUUGAAUCGGGUCGUUCCGAAGAGGCCGAGGUUUUGGUUCAAGAUAUGCCAACCAAGUACGAUGUGCAGCCUGGAUCCCGCACCGUUGGAUUGAUCGUUUAUAGCAGGGCACUCAAUUGUGAUUGGAAUCGGGUUAUGGAUGGGUUAUACGCCAUGCACGAUGCAGGAUUUACUAAGCAGAAGAAGGACUUUGCUGUCGCUUUUGACCGUGUCUUCCUCGAAUACUAUCCAACUCACACGGGCGAACAAACAUUCGACUUGCUCAUUUCAUGCAUCAACGAAUUUGAAAUCGUGCCUGACAGAGUUCUUCAUCGACACAUAAUCGAAGCGAUCGUUGAAAAAGGCACCGAGGAAAUGCUCGAAGCCAUCACGGAGAUGGCCACCCAGCGUGAAUGGAACACCGGCAUCGACGAUGAGCAAAUUGCCACGAUUCUCAAAACGAGGCGGCUCGCAAUGACCAACAGCCCGGUGGGAAUUUGGCGAAUGAUGCAAGCAGCCAAGGACCGACAAGCGUCUUCGUCUUCUUCUCAGCGCAUCCUUGGCACUAGCUAUGAGACUUGGGCAGUGCGAGGAGAGAAGAUAGCGCCAAUUCACGCUCCCGCCGAGGAAAGCUUCUCCGAAACAGUGAACAAUUUGGUGGAAUCCAAAGAUACCAGUUGGUACGUCCCGCUCCACAAGCGAAUGGAGCACUAUCUUAACAUGGGCCGGCCCUAUGAUGCUCUGAGGGUGUAUCAACAUGCCACCAAUAGUGGUUUUAUCGUUAGACCGCUCCAUCUAUCCUUGGCUGUGAUUGCCUCGAUUCUUGAAGGCAAAACUGGCCUCAUUAACGCGCGACGCAUGAUCACCUCCGAGUGGGAUUACUGGAAGAAGGUUCCAACACUCCGUUACAGCAAGCGGUUCACACCAUGGCUCCCUGUUUUCUUCCAGCGGGUUAGGCAGAUUGAUCCAAGCGUCGUCGGACGCGCGGGGUUGAUCAAGAUGGCCAUUUUCGAAUACUACACCAUUUGCAACAAUACCCCCGGUCUUAAUGUGAAGCACUUCUGUGCGGCUUCUUACAGUCAGUACCUGCUCAAGGGUGGAUCGCCAGAAAUUGCUGUCGAUCUUCUCACGACCAUUUACCAAUCUCGCUGGAAGAUCUCUCAUGGGUUUGAUCAGGUCCUGUUGAAGUUGCUGCUACGGGCCUUUGGCGAGCUCCGCAACCUCAAGGGUGUCUGGUGGUGUAUACUGACGGUCCUAUCACGACAAGAGGCGAUCAAGCCUGAAUUCGUCGUGGAAGCUCUCUCCCAGAUGAAUUCAUUGGACGAGGCGCUGGCCGAUGCAUCCGGCAGUACCACGCAGCAACUCUGCACAUUGCACAAGGCCAUUGAGGUGCUACAAGCCAAGUCUCGUGGUGACGAAUACUGGGCAAAUCUCAGCGUUGACUCAGCGUGGAAAAAGUCGAGACGCUCCCAGCUCACUCGGCCUGAGAAGGAAGACCCUUUCUUGCCUACUGACCCUCUCAAGGAUCUGAUCCUGGAAUUUGACGAAGAGUGGGAGUUGGACUUGCUACUAGGACGCAAGCAGUUUAAUGCUGCCGAGCAGACAAAGUGGUGGGCAGAGCACAACCUCGCGAACUGUCACACGGUGGCACCGGAAGACCGCGAAUAUCCUAUCUACAGGGACCAAACCUGGGAUAAAUAUUACGUGCCGGAGGAGUGA